AUGGAAUGCAACAAGGACGAGGCCAUCAAAACGAAGGAGAUUGCAAAUAGAAAAAUGCAAAAUGGUGACUUUAAAAGGACAAGAAAGAUUGCAUCAAAGGCGCAACAACUCUACCUUGAACUAGAGAAUAUUUCCCAAAUGUUGACGACUCGAGAGGUUCAUUGUUCCGCACAAAACAAACUAAAUAGUUCAACAUGGAUUGGUAUGAAAUUCUCCAGUAUCGAGCGCUCUUCUAAAAAGACACCGAUUUACCUUGAGCAAUUUUAUAGCGAGAAAGAGGCAACGAAAAAUAAUGCCAAACAAACACACCUUAAGCUUGCUAUCCGACGGCGUCACUUUUGUACUGUACUAAAGCUACUAACCAGCCCACAGAUUGACAAAUCACCGCCCCCAGAUUUCUCGAAGCAGCAGCAAUCACUGAAGGAGAGGAGUAGGCAGAUUUUCACUUACUUCUUUGUUCGUCUGCGAUCGUUUCGGAGGCAGACGAGAGGCAAUGGCCUCCGCCAUGAAAAUCGUAUUCGGACUCCUAAUGGAUUUCUCAUUGGGAUAAUGACCAAGAAGCAGAAGAUUUGCGUAUUGGAUAUGUAUGUUUUCUAUCUGGCCUCCUUGAUUGCCGUCAAACCUGAAAUUAUUAGCUGGUCACCGCGAAUUAUUGUAUUACAUAAUUUUUUGAGCAUGGAGAACAUGCUAGCUCUUCCUUUGGGUGGUGGGAGGUGGGGUGUUGGAGAGGAUUUCAGCCUUCGUUUUUCCCUAAGAAAGCUAGCAGAGCUCAAUUGUGCCAUCACAACAUUUAUAUCUGAUGCACAGCGAUCUAUUGUUUACAGCUACAUAUUGCUUCUUGAUGAAUGUGAUUAUCUUAGAGCCAUGGCUAAACCUCGGCUUCGAACUUCUACUGUGGUGGAUGUAAAAACAGGGAAGGGAGUUGAAAGUAAGGUAAGGACAAGCUCUGGAAUGUUUCUGAGUUCAGAAGAGAAGAAGUAUCCAAUGGUACAGCGUGGUGGUCAGCGAGUAGCAACAAUGCUGAUGUACUUAAGCGACAAUGUUGAGGGUGGGGAAACAUAUUUCCCAAUGAUCCCUUAUCUUUGCCACCCUCAUCUCAUCCCAAUUACAGAAACUCUCCAGGAGGAGGAGGAGGCUUUUGUUAGGAAUGAAAUGCGCAAAGUGCAGUGCCUCCCUCAGUUCCAAUUGGCUCUGGCUAGGGUGCUUGCUGGUUCAGGUAAAUGUAGCUGUGGUGGAAAAGUUGUGGAAGGGCUGUCUGUAAAACCAAUCAAAGGAGAUGCGGUGCUUUUCUGGAGCAUGGGACUAGAUGGCCAGUCAGACCCUAACAGCAUACACGGAGGAUGUGAGGUUAUUUCUGGGGAGAAGUGGUCAGCUACAAAAUGGAUGAGGCAAAGAACUACUUCCUGA